GUAAUCCGUUUUGUCUGUUUGCCACCACUACCACCGGAUAACAACACGAGUACCUUGCUAAAACCCUACUACCAUUUCUGUAACUGUACUCACCUAAUCCACUAUCACAAUGGCGCUAAGAAGAGCAACACUAACACUCACCUUCUUCUUCCAAACCCCUCCUCCUUCUCUCUAUCUCACUCACACUUCCACUCUCUCCAUUCCCAAACCAACAACAACCACCCCUUCUCUUAUAUCCUUCCGACACUACUCUUCAAUUUCCGCUUCCAAAACCCUAACCCCUUCCGAAAAACCCUUCUUAUUCAUCCCUCCCGGAGUUGAACCAACUGAUAUCAACGACUCCAUGAUUCUUCCAUUCUCCAACAUCGUCAUCGGACCCUACGCUGGAGAUUCCAAAAUUAAGGAUGUUGAAUUUAUUAAGAGUAGUCCUCGUGCUAAAGAUUGCCCUAAAGAUGAUCGACCCGAAUUCGCUGUUCUCGGUCGUUCUAAUGUUGGCAAAUCUUCUCUUAUCAAUUCACUUGUUCGUAAGAAAGAGCUCGCUCUCACCUCUAAGAAACCAGGGAAGACACAGCUUAUUAAUCACUUCUUGGUAAACAAAAAGUGGUACCUUGUUGACUUGCCUGGUUAUGGCUUUGCUAAAGCAUCUGAAGCUGCUAAAACCGACUGGUCCUCCUUUACGAAAGGUUACUUUUUAAAUAGAGAUACUCUUGUGUCUGUCUUGCUUCUCAUUGAUGCAAGUGUUCCACCUCAAAGGAUUGACUUUGAUUGUGCAAAUUGGCUUGGACGCAAUAAUAUACCAGUUACCUUUGUUUUCACAAAAUGUGAUAAAAUGAAGGUGGCAAAGGGGAAGCGACCUGAUGAAAACAUAAAGGAGUUUCAAGAGAUAAUAAAACAAAACUACAAACAACAUCCCCCGUGGAUUAUGACUAGCAGUGUUACUGGAUUAGGCAGAGACGAUCUUCUCUUGCAUGUAUCUCAGCUAAGAAACUACUGGGAUCAAUAGGAGAACUGCUUAAAAGUAAGAAAGAUACUAUCUAUAAGAGCAUUCCAUGCAGAAGCAAAGUUGAGAUUACAAAAGAUACAACCACAUAGAUGAGUCAUGUGGAAAGGCUAUGGGAUGACUCAUAUUUCAGUUGGAUCAUUGUUCCCCCUCAAACCACAACGGUAUCUAUAUCUUACAUGUGGAUUUGAGUUGUUUAUGUAUACUGGAAUUUUAUAUGCUGUCAUGCUAUACACAUAUGGGAGUAACACAGUAUAGGAAAUAUUGUAUGCUUUCAAUAGUGAAACUUAUAAUUUCUAUCUUUUUUGUUUCCACUUUCCAGAAUACAUAUUUCUGCAAACAAUUUCCUUGGCUUUUGUUUGCCGGAGGAGAAGGAAACUUCUGCAGUACUUGAACAUUUUGAUACUCUGUUGUAUUUAAUAGAUUGCUAACAUUAUUAAUGCAGCCCGCGAGGAUCUCAUCUCCUUGCUUACCUCUA